AGCAGGGGGCGAUAGAUUACUCGGUAAUGGUGGUGAAGACUGAACCGUGUCCGUGUUGUGUGUAUGACAGCCUUGUUCUGCUCUGUGGUGUCUGAUUAUAUAUAACUCCGGUAUAUCGGAUGACAGAGCGGCGGUGAGGUGCACCUGCUCGCGCGCGUCUCAUACACACACACACAAACACACGCACACAGCGUCACAGCGUCACAGCACGCGCAGCUCGAGCUCCCACUGUUUUAACGAACGCGUUGUAUAGCUAAAGCACGUCUAGUGUUUUUAAUUCCGAAAGACAUGGCGUCCCAGAAGUGCAAACAGGGGCUGGCUGAAAUCAGAGCUUUAGAGAAUGUUCUGGACGGAUGCAAACUUGACCUCACCGCCGUUGAUGAAGUCUGGCCGAACUUGUACAUCGGAAAUGUGGCACUUGCUCAAAACAGAAGUGCUUUAAAGAAGUUGGGCAUCACCCACAUCCUGAACGCAGCCCAUGCCAAACAGGGCAGUAUAGGAGAUGAGAGUUAUUAUGGUGCUGAUUUUGUUUAUUACGGCAUACCAGCAGAAGACACAGGCAAGUUUGAUAUCAGCAUACACUUCCGGUCAGCAACUGACUUCAUCCACAAAGCCCUCAAGAAGAAAAAUGGAAAAGUGCUCGUGCAUUGCAUUAUGGGAGUGAGCCGCUCAGCUACUUUAGUCCUGGCCUACUUAAUGUUACAUCAGCGUCUCACUCUACGUGCUGCCAUCCAACAAGUCAUCCAAAGGAGACCAAUCUACCCUAACAGGAACUUUCUGGGUCUGCUGCUUGAGCUCGACACACAACUGCAGAGAAAGAGAAUGAUGUGUCCAAUUCUCUGACAGCGCAGCAUUCUUACAAAGUUUACAAUGUAUGUUGUGACAAAGAUUAGGCUUUUAACAUCUUUUUUGUUUUUUAGCCAAGCAAUACUGCACUAUGUAGAAUUAGGAAUAAUAAUAGUGUAAUCUAGCGAUUUUCCAUGUGCGUAUGCGCACAUACUUGUACAUAUUUGUAAACUCUAUAAAUUUUUAUUAUGGAAGAGAGUGUUUUUUUUUUAUUAGAAGUUUGAUACAUGCGGUUAUAAGAAACAGGCAGAAUAUUUACUAUAUGAUGACUGAAUGAAACACAGCUUUCACCAUUGAAGAAAUGUGUCAGGCUUUGUUUUAAACAGCCUUUCCAUUUGUAUCUGAAAAGAGAGAAUCAAAUAAUGAUCCAUCUGUCCUGUCUGACACCAAGUUUUCAAACCCACCAACAGAAAUAAGAAAAUUGAUAGCUAAAUUGCUAACAGAAAAAAGUAGAGUGCUUUCAAGCUGGUCGCCAAUUGUCUGGAAAGUAACUCUUAUGUUUAAGCACCAAACUGGAAGGAACUCUGCUCCCUGGUGAGGGGAUGCUUGUCGUAUCUUGAGUCACGACUUUUAUUCUGGUCUGGUAUAGAUCCAGGAGGAGGAAUUUAUCCUGGGCAUAAUACAAGAAUACACCCCAGAUACAAGGAAAGUCCACCACAGAUCCCCCCACACAUACAUUCACAAGUAGGGUUCAGUUAAUACAAACAAAAUAGGAAGAACAUAUUUAAAGAUGGUAAUCCAAGUAACGAAUGGGAUCAAACUCUCAGAAACUGAAGGUGUGGAAGCAGAAAUAAUGCUGAUCACUGUGCCACCAUCCUGUUUUUACUCGAGACAUUUUAUAAAUGCAUGUACAAAGGACUAACUUUUUAGAGACGAGCUGUGCUGGUGAAGCAAAAUAAAGCGGUUAUAUAACAUACAUUAUGGAUCAUUAUCCAUUAUGUUAAGGGCAUACAUUACAUACAUUAUAGUUGUGUAAUUAUCCUCAGUUUAUUUAUGUGCCAUUAUUCAGAUAUUCAGUUUUCCCUGUAAAGAGAUUGAAUGGCUCCAGACUUACAUUUGAAUCAAACAGGAAUCUCAUUUGAGGUGUUUCUUCUUAGUUGAAAUGAAAACAUUGAGUUACACCAACCAAGAAAUCUGAAGAUCCCUGUUCUAGAGAAAAGUAUGAGAAAGUAUGCAUAAGGAUCCAUUAUUGUUGUAUUUUAUAUAUAUUUUAUAUGCAAUGCUCUAGAAAUAAUAUUACAUUCAUUUUAUGGUUGUAUUUUGAGUUGCAGUGUGUAUUUUUGACAAACAUUUUUGAAUUUAUUUAUAUUUUAAGUAUUUUGGACCUAGACGGGAUGGGAGGGGACUGGACUGGACUGGACUGGACUGGACGGGAUGGGAGGGGACUGGACGGGAUGGAUGGAUGGAUGGAUGGAUGAUUUUAAUUUUGAUUAUUGCUCUUGAAGAGUAACAGUAAAAAAUGUCACAUAUGUAACAGAACUCUAAUCAUUUUUCUCUGCCAAUUCCGAAGGAGUAAAAUGAAUACUGUUGUUCAAGCCAAGCGAAUUAAGGUUGUUUACACAGUCUGAGACUGAAAUAUCAAUUGCAAAAUAAAGUCAUUUUGUGAAGAAUA